AUGCCGUCAUCGAAGCAUUCCACGGCUGGAUCCGGAAAGGUUGCAGAUGAGCAAGGUGGUUCAAGUGAACAGGUAGUCAAUGACGAUGUCAUGCAAAUCCCGCCCGGUCGAGAGAAAACUUCCGGUGCUAUUUCGAACACCCAGGUAAUUGUAGAGAAUACCAAUAAAACGAAUUGCCCCGUAACGGGAACAAUGUCAAAAGGGCAUGCUGUUGGAGAUGGUGUAAAAAAUAAACCGGGUAGCGCUACGAGUGUCAGACGUAAUCCGCCGCGGAACGGUCGCGCGAAUCGGGUGUCAAGCUGUCAGUUGUGUGAUGAGCUAGAUAACGAAGAUAUGGUUCAGUGCGAUAGCUGUGAUAUGUGGUACCAUUUUGCAUGCGUGAAUGUGACGGCGGAAGUUCAAUACGUUGACUGGAAUUGUUUCAAGUGUGCUGCAGCAAGUAACAAGCAAGUGGCUCCCCCUGUAGAAAAUCCAAGCAAAGGAUCUUUAUGUCAGCCAGGUCCACCCCCAUCCCAGCGAAGUAAAGGUAGUGCACGGAGUGGGAAAAGUGAGACGAGGAGAAGAUUGAAAUUGGAGUUGUUGAAGAUAGAGGAGGAAAAGAAGCUCGAGCAGAAGUAUUUGGAUAAGAAGUUUGAAGCGCUUCGUGAGUUCGGAAGUGAUACUGCUUCCGUCAUAAGCGAUUGCGGAGCGAGUAAAGCGUCGAAGAUCGCACAGUGGGUAGCGGAUACCGAACGUUGUGGGGAAGUGGAUUCCGGUUUAGAGCCUGAAGAGAGGGAAAGGUUUGUACCAAGCAACUUGUUGGAACCUGCAGAGCAUACUGCUCCAAAUCUCAGAGGGAAUCCCGAUGUUACCGGGUGCAAUCGUACUGUUCCUCGUGUCGUGGAUAAUAAUCCGACGUUAAGUGAUCCGCGUAUGUCUGCCCCUGCUCCAGUUCUCAGAGGGAAUCCUGAUGUUAUCGGAUGCAAUCGUACGGUUUCUCGUGUCGUGGAUAAUAAUCCGACGUUGAGCGAUCCGCGUAUGAUUACCCCCGCUCCAAAGCUCAGAGCGAAUCCUGAUGUUACCGAAUGCAAUUGUACUGUUCCUCGUGCCGUGGGUAAUCAUCCGACGUUGAGUGAUCCGCGUAUGUUUGCCCCAGGACAAAAGUCAACACCAAUGCGCUUGAGCCAACGAGCCCCAAUGCUUCCGCCUGCGCCACCAGUUGCUGAUGAAACGGUAUGCAUCCUAAACAGGAGUCAGCUUGCUGCAAGACAGGCAGUGUCUAAAGAUCUUCCCGACUUCAGCGGUAAUCCUGAAGAUUGGCCGCUCUUCUUUUCUGUUUUCAGUAACUCCACUCAUAUGUGCGGGUUUUCGAAUGAAGAAAACAUGCUGCGACUCCGAAAGUGCCUGAAGGGAAGGGCCCUGGAAGCUGUCAAAUGCCGUCUGCUCCACCCGUCCAACGUCGGAGGUGUUAUGUCUACAUUAAGAAUGCUGUAUGGGAGACCGGAAGCAAUCGUGCAAGCAAUCGUCAAGAAGGUUCGAGCUUUACCGUCACCAAACAUCGAUAGGCUAGAGACUGUCGUCAAUUUCGCGCUCACAGUAGAGAACUUGGUCGCAACAAUCCAAGCUUGUGAAGUACACGACUUCGUGUACAACGCCUCGUUACGAUACGAAUUAGUAGAACGACUACCUUCGACACUAAAAUUAGACUGGGCUAAGUACUCCAGGGACAAACCCAAUCCUAAUCUGCUCGACUUCAGCUCGUGGUUGUACUCAACGGCAGAAGAUGCUAGUGCGGUAAUGCCCUCGGCAACCGAUUAUUCAAAGUCACGCUUCAGUAAGAAGGAUGGAUUCCUGAACGCUCACUCAGAAAUCGAGGUAGCUAGCUCCAAGUCGUACACGGUUCCGCCAACAACGAAGUCUGCUAGUGUCAGUGAAUCCGAGAAACAAUGUCCCGUGUGCAAAGGUGCUUGCCCGAACAUUUCGAAAUGUAAGCGCUUCGCGGAAUUAAGCUACGACGCGAGGUGGGCAGCGGUAAGAGAAUGCAAACUGUGCCGAAAGUGUUUGAGGAAACAUAACGGAUCAUGUAGGCAACAAAGACCAUGUGGUACAAACGGCUGCACAUUCCUGCACCAUCCCCUUCUUCACAGCGAUGAGCGACAGCAAGCCCGUGGCUUCGCAACGGACACGACUGCUGAUAGAGCGAACGGCAAGACCUCUUAUCAAAAUUGUAAUACCCAUCAGGGUAAUUCAAAACUCCUAUUUCGGAUACUCCCGGUCAUUCUCUAUGGUCCGUCGAAAUCUGUUAAAGUAUACGCAUUUAUUGACGAUGGAUCCGAUAUCUCGUUGAUGGAACAGAAGCUGGCAGAAGAGUUGGGAGUAACCGGUUCAUCGAAGUCGUUGUGUCUCGGUUGGACAGGAGGUGCGCACCGAAUGGAGACUUCAUCAGAGUGUAUGAAUUUACAAAUCUCCAGCUGCAGAAAUCGGAAGCUGUACAAACUGACAUCCGUACAUACCGUAGAAAGUCUUAAAAUACGUCCGCAGUCACUUCAGUAUUCCGAGAUGCAAGUUAGGUACCCAUACCUUGCUGGCCUACCAGUUGAGUCGUACAAGAACGUCUGCCCUCAGAUCCUGAUAGGCGUCGAUAACCUUAGUGUCGGAAACAUACAGAACGCUCGAGAAGGACGAGCUGACGAACCAGUUGCCGUUAAGAUGCGAAUAGGAUGGACAGUAUUCGGAAGAUGUGGGUCCGGAAGCGAAAUGGUACAGUCCGUUAACCACCAUUCCGUUAAGGUCUGUCAGUGCAACAAAGACUCCGAUGAAGACCUUCACCAAGCCGUAAAAGGUUUUUUCUCGCUGGACAGUCUCGGAAUCAGUAAACCAGAAAAACUGCUCCAGUCACAAGAAGAUCGCCGUGCAGAGAUGCUGCUUGAAACGCUAACGAAAGCGAAAGAUGGGAGGUAUGAAUCUGGACUUCUGUGGAAGUACGACAAUGUCCGCCUUCCGGACAGUAAAGGAAUGGCUCUGAAGAGAUGGCAGUGCCUAGACCGACGAAUGAAACAGGAUACGGUGCUGGCAAAGGCAGUGAGAGAAAAGAUAGAAGAUCACGUACAAAAGGGAUACAUUCGAAAGCUGACUGAAGAGGAGAUCCAGGCCGAACAACAUCGUGUGUGGUAUUUACCCAUAUUCCCGGUAGUAAACCCAAACAAACCUGGAAAGACAAGGCUCGUAUGGGAUGCAGCCGCAGCCGUCCAUGGUGUUUCACUUAAUUCUGUACUGCUAAAAGGUCCAGACCUACUCACGUCUCUGCUGUCCGUCUUGAUCCAGUUUCGCGAAUAUCGUACUGCCGUUUGCGGUGACAUUCGGGAAAUGUAUCACCAAGUUCAGAUACGAGAGGAAGAUCAGCACUGCCAGCGCUUUUUCUGGAAGGACAAGGAGUCCGACGUGAACCCUAGCACAUAUAUAGUACAGGUAAUGACCUUUGGAGCCUGCUGUUCGCCGAGUACCGCACAAUAUGUGAAAAACACGCAUGCGGAGAGAUUCGAGCAGGAAUACCCCGCAGCCGUUGAGACGAUAGUCAAACGACACUACGUCGACGACAUGUUAUUGAGCGUGGAAAGGGAAUUACAAGCAAUCCAACUAUCUAAGGAAGUGCGAAUGAUACAUGCAUCAGCCGGUUUCGAGAUUCGCAAUUGGACAUCGAAUUCACCGGCGGUCCUGAACGCGAUGCUUGAGACGACGGCAGGGGAGAAGAAUCUAAGCGGCGAGAAUUCAGUCGAGAAGAUCCUCGGCAUGUGGUGGGAUAGCUCCUCAGACCAUUUCACUUACAAGAUCUCCACUCGUAUAGACAAGCUUCUUCUGUCCGGACGACUUCGACCAACCAAACGGCAGGUUCUUCGAACUCUAAUGAUGGUUUUCGAUCCAUUAGGGCUCAUAGGACAUUUCCUGAUGAUUCUAAAAACACUACUCCAGGCGAUCUGGCGAACCUCCAUCGGUUGGGAUGAUCCAAUAGAAGAUUCACACUUCGAAAAGUGGAAUACAUGGUGCUCAGCACUUCCAGCGAUAACUACCCUCGAAAUUCCUCGCUGCUAUCGAACGCUGACCACCACAGGCGACGAUAACGAUAUCCAGCUACAUAUAUUCGUGGACGCAAGCGAAACUGGCUAUGCUGCCGUGGCUUAUUUGCGAUUCCAGGAAGGAAAUACCAUCGAAUGUGCGCUAGUAGGUUCCAGGACCAAAGUUUCGCCACUCAGGUUCCUCUCCAUCCCUCGUUCCGAGCUUCAAGCUGCAACUAUCGGUGUCCGACUCGCUGACACAAUCUGCCAAUCGCUGUCCUUCCCGGUGAAACAACGAAUGUUCUGGACGGAUUCGAAGGACGUAAUCUGCUGGCUAAACUCCGACCAUCGGCGAUACACUCAGUACGUCGCAUUCAGAGUUAGCGAGAUUCUGGAAGGAUCUGAUAUGCGGGAGUGGAAUUGGAUUCCGAGCAAACUGAACGUCGCGGACGAAGGCACCAAGUGGAAAGGCCACCCGGAUUUGACCCCUUCUAGUCGUUGGUUUCGGGGACCAGAGUUCCUGUGGAAAACGCCAGACCUUUGGCCCAUCUCAAAGGUUUACAUAGAAAACACAACCGAAGAACUUCGCCCUCAUCUCUUGUACCACACCACCAGAGUUGUAGAAACGGUAAUAAAUUUGAGUCGUUUUUCCGAUUGGCGGAAGCUGCUACGCUGUACUGCUCGCGUCCUCCGUUACGUGCGUAAUCUGAAGCUCUACACACAAAAGAAGAUGCGAAAGGACGGCCCGCUACGAAAAGACGAACUUGCCGAUGCCGAGUGCUAUUUAUUUCGUACAGCGCAGGCGGUCUACGUUGACGAAAUCACCAUGCUCUCAAAAAACCAAAAUUCGGAGAACCCUGACAAGAACAUACCCAAAACCAGUCCACUUUACCACCAGUGCGUCUUCCUUGAUAACAGCAAUCUGCUUAGAAUACGAGGCCGAACACGUGCCUGUCCUUUCGUCACCAGGGACGCCGCUCAACCAAUAGUGCUCCCUCGCGAACACACAAUCACCCGGCUCCUUCUGCUCGACUUUCACAAACGAUUCAAACACCAGAACCAUCAAACCAUACUGAACGAAGUAAGACAGCGGUUCCGUAUCCCCAAAUUGAAAGCCACUUACAACAAUGUCCGCAAAGAGUGUCAAGAAUGCAAAAACAACCACGCGGUUCCCCAGCCUCCGGCAAUGAGUGAUCUACCAUCACAAAGACUCGCUGCGUUUACACGACCGUUCACAUACGUAGGGGUGGACUAUUUCGGCCCUAUGACAGUAACCGUAGGAAGACGGUCUGAAAAACGGUGGGGAGUCUUAGCAACAUGCCUCACAAUACGCGCUAUCCACAUAGAAGUAGCUCACACACUGACGACCGAUUCGUGCAUUCUAGCAAUCCGUAAAUUCAUGGCCAGGAGAGGCGUGCCAUCCGUCAUCUUCAGCGAUCGAGGCACCAACUUCCAAGGGAGCAGCAAAGAGCUUCGGGAGGCUUUGAAGAGCAUCAACCAAGAACAGCUCAUCAAAGAGUUCACGACACCCGACACGGAAUGGACUUUCAUCCCACCGGCUUCCCCGCACAUGGGCGGUGCAUGGGAACGCAUGAUCCAGAGCGUGAAGUUAAACCUGGAUAAACUGAAAUGGGGAAGGCUUCCAACUGACGAAGUCCUACACAGUACGCUUUUGGAGAUCGAGAACAUAAUAAAUUCACGACCACUAACCACCAUUCCCAUGGACAAUGAUGAAUCACCAGUACUCACGCCUAACCAUUUUCUGCUGGGUUCAUCAAAUGGACUGAAACCGCUGGUACCUUACAAUGCUACUCCCACGACGCUUCGAAACAGCUGGGAACAGCCACAAGUUGUGGCCAACGAAUUCUGGCGAUGGUGGCUGAGAGAUUAUCUGCCCGUCAUCACCAGACGCACGAAAUGGUUCAUGAACGUGAAACCGAUCGAGGUAGACGAUAUUGUGCUAAUCGCAGAUCCUAAGGCUCCUCGUAAUAGCUGGCCCUUAGGACGAGUCAUCGCAACUAGACCAGGACGAGAUGGACAAGUGAGAAGCGCUACCGUGCAAACCAACAAAGGCAUCUACGAACGACCUGCGGUGAAACUCGCCGUGCUCGACGUAGGCGUUAGAGAUCAACACGCCUUCAGAAGACCUUCUGCGCAUUCGGGGGGGAGUGUAAGCUCGCCCGUCGAUCAGUCAACCCCUCGUUUCACCGCUACGACGUAG